AUGGAUCACAAAAUUCAUCCUGCUACAACCGUGAACAACAUCAAGAGCCUAAUCCCCGUUACACUCGAGAUGGAAACAGGACAGUUCUCCUCUUGGAGCGAACUGUUCAAAAUUCAAUGUCGAGCACACCUGGUUAUUGAUCAUUUAUCCCCCCGGCCGUCUGCCUCAUCUUCUUCCUCGGUAUCCACUGACAAAGACAAAGAAACAACCCCGAAACAACCCGCCGAUGACGAUUGGGAGCGUUUGGACGCUAUUGUGCUCCAGUGGAUAUAUGGCACAAUAUCGAACGAUCUGCUGCACACCAUUCUUAAACCCAAUACCACCGCUUACGAAGCUUGGACAACCCUUGAAAGCAUCUUUCAUGACAACAAAAGUUCCCGGGCAAUUCAACUUCGUCACAGUUUCUCCAACACCCGCCUUGAUGACUACCCCAACAUCUCGGCUUAUUGUCAGGCUCUUAAGGUUCUCGCAGAUCAGCUCUCGAACGUCGGUGCCCCGGUUGACGAUGUCAGCCUGGUUCUUCAACUAAUUUCCGGUCUCAAUGAGCAAUAUGAGGGUAUAGCGACCAUUCUUCAACAACAAGAUCCGCUUCCCUCCUUUUAUACUGCUCGGUCACAACUUGUUCUGGUUGAAAGUCGCAAGAAGGAACAAGCCCUCCAGGCCGCUAAGACAGCCGGAACAACUCUCAACGUCACCACCGCUAAAGUCGCCGGCGGCGACUACCGUCAGGAUCGCCAGGAUUUUUCCAGUGAUCGUCAGCGGGGUAGAGGUCGCUCGCGGGGAAGAGGCAGGGGCCGUGGGUCAUGGGGUAGAGGUCGCUCUUCGUCCUCUCAGAACUUCUCACAAAACUUUGCACCUCAAGGAAACUGGUUUCAAAACCCUAGUGUUGGCUACUGGUCGCCCAAUGCUCCUUCAUCUUGGGCCGGCCCACCACAAUGGACUCCAUGGACUGCUCCCCCUUGCCCCUACCCCACCACUCCUUCCAGGCCCAAUAACAACCACAAUGGAAACGGCCUGCUUGGCCCACGCCCGGAUCAGACAUAUCACGCGGCCUAUGCCCCCACCAACAUUGAACAGGCGCUCUAUACGAUGUCAUUAAACCAACCGGAUGUGAUGGGUAUCAUGGAUACCGGUGCCACCACCAACAUGACUAACGAGCAAGGAUUACAAGACCCGGACCCCCAUCCUCCGGUGCAACAGCAGCGGUGA